CGGAGCUGGCGGAGCGGGGUCACGAACUAUGACCUUUAACAGAAGAAAACCAAAACAAACAUUUUAUAAAAUAGAGGAACGUCCUAAAUUCGCGGCCGCCGUGCCCCGGAGACCUCACUAAUGACCUUACAUCAUCAUGACAACGGGCCUGAAUCUGCUCUCUCAGCAGAAAGUGGAUUCUGAGCACGAGGCAGAGGCGUCCUCCUCUCCAUCAGACUCAGUGAUGAGUGAGUCUCCGCAGCGCUUUCAGGUCAUCUCUGCUGAGCCUGCCACAACACCACAGCGAAUACAGAUUGUAACUGACCAGCAGACCGGUCAGAAGAUCCAGAUAGUAACAACGAUGAACCCGUCCAAUGCUCCCAAGCAGCAGUUCAUUCUGACCACGGCUGACAGCUCAGGGGCGGGCAAGGUCAUCCUGGCCUCAUCUGACAGUCACAACACUAAGCAGCUCAUCUUCACUGCUGCAGACAACCUGAUGCCAGGAAGAAUACAGAUUGUAACAGAUCCAGUGUCAAUGGAACGGUUGUUAGGGCAGUCGGGGGACUUGAGCCGAUCGCAGCCAGUAGAGUACUGUUUGGUGUGUGGGGACAAGGCUUCAGGGCGUCACUAUGGAGCCGUCAGUUGUGAGGGAUGUAAAGGCUUCUUCAAGAGGAGCGUGAGGAAGAACUUGUCCUACAGCUGCCGCAGCAAACAGGACUGCGUCAUCAACAAACACCACCGCAAUCGCUGCCAGUUCUGUCGUUUGAGCAAAUGCCUUAAGAUGGGGAUGAAGACUGACUCUGUUCAGAGUGAGAGAAAACCCAUCGAUGUAGUGCCCAGAGAGAAACAUGCCAACUGUGCUGCCUCAACUCAGAAGAUCUACAUUCGUAAGGACCUAAACAGUCCGCUCAUCGCCACGCCAACCUUUAUCUCCGAUUCAGAGACAGACGGCUCCAGAUCUAGCCUGCUGGACCAGGGGAUGCUGGUGAACAUCCAGCAGCCUGUCAUCCAAAGUGAUGGAACUUUGCUGCUGGCCACUGACUCAAAGAUGGAUUCUAGGCAGGGGGACUUGGGGACACUAGCUAAUGUGGUGACAUCACUGGCCCACCUGAGUGACUCAUUGAAAGAAAAUCUAAACAAUGGGGACACCUCAGACAGUCACCAAGAGGAGCAAUCUGCCAGCGAGAUAACACGUGCCUUCGACACCCUGGCCAAAGUCUUCAACCCACCUGAAAUACGACUCGGACAUAGUUUGACGGAGAAAUCGCAUUGUGUCGGUGGAACAACAAUUCAGCUGAUUGGUCGGGACCAGGAGACCCCCAUCAUUGAGGUGGAGGGACCUCUGCUCACUGAUGGCCAUGUUGGCUUCAAGCUGAGCAUGCCCAGCCCCAUACCCGAGUAUCUGAAUGUUCACUACAUCUGUGAAUCAGCAUCCAGGCUUCUCUUUCUAUCCAUGCACUGGGCGCGCUCCAUCCCUGCCUUCUCAGCUUUGGGUCAGGAGGCAAACACCAGUCUGGUGCGAGCCUGCUGGAAUGAGCUGUUCACUCUGGGUCUUGCUCAGUGCGCUCACGUGAUGAACCUGUCGACCAUCCUCACUGCCAUCGUCAACCACCUUCAGAGCAGCAUCCAGGAUGACAAACUUUCAGGGGACAGAGUGAAGCAGGUGAUGGAGCAUAUCUGGAAGUUCCAGGAGUUCUGUAACAGCAUGACGAGAUUGGACACCGACAGCUAUGAAUACGCCUACCUGAAGGCUAUAGUGCUGUUCAGCCCUGAUCACCCAGGUGUGGACAGCAGUGGGCAGAUUGAGAAGUUCCAGGAGAGGGCGCUGAUGGAGCUGCAGGACUAUGUGCAGAAAACUUAUCCUGAGGACAUGUACAGGAUGACCCGUAUCCUGACUCGUCUCCCCGCCCUGCGCCUCAUGAACUCAAGUAUCACAGAGGAGCUCUUCUUCACUGGCCUGAUAGGUAACGUCUCCAUUGACAGUAUAAUUCCCUACAUCCUCAAGAUGGAGACGGCUGAAUAUAACAGCCAGGACUCUGAUACCGCAGAAUAACAUCCCACCACUCCAGGUGGUACUCUCUUUGUCUCUCAGAGGGUUUAUUUUUGAACCCCGAUCUAAAAUGCUGCAGCAGCUCCUUGUUUUUUAAUGAUGCAAAGUGAAGUCAUUCAGGAAUCCCUUGUAGAUUAGGAAAACCUGGCACUGGGAUGGCACCUGGAUUCUUCUCUGGAGCCGACACCGUGUGGUUAUCUGGAGUUUCUGGCCUAAAUUCAGCCACACUGAAUUAGAUUCAAAAGAAAAUACCCUUGGCUGCAGCGGUGCUCAUUUCCUGCAACGUCUUUAUAGCACUUAAAGCUUGUUACGUGUUAACUUUACCCUUCAACCUAAGCCUUUCAAUUUGUUUUAUCUAAGCCUUACUAUGCUUUCAUGAUGAUUGCAUAAAUCAUCUCCAGAUAUAAGGCGAGAUAUAUAAAUGAACCAGAAUCUAAAGAUCUUAGAUGGAAUUUGACAUGUAGAAUUGGAUUUUCACAUGUUUAAAAACUCUAAUCUCUAAGAUUAUCGUAAA